GAAAACUCACAAUUAACUGUUUACAAAAUUAUUUUUUAAAACAUAUUUUAGUUUAGUUCUUUUUUAUUGUUAAUAUUCAACAUGGGUAGCUCUGAUGUUACUGAGACAGAUGAACGUAUAUUGACCACGGAACUAAGUAUCUCGGCCACGCUUUACUACGGAAUAUAAAUAUCAGCGUACCGAGCAGCUACUAGAACGUUAUCUUACCUUGUCAUUAAACGUGUAUUGAUUUAUAACGGUUAACGUUUUUAAAUAUGUAUCAUCAUGAUACAUCAUGUGUUAUAUAUUUCCUGUGAUGUUAGUUUAGAUCCCCUCUCGGUUUGACGUAAAACCUUAAUCCAAACGCAUCCGUUACGCUCCCAGCUAGCGAACCUAAGUUAUCUACCUUGUAUGGCCGUUAUCAUCAUAGGUGACACAUGUCCAGUGUCUGGUUUAUCUAGGCGGAUAACCCAGCUGUGCUACCUCACGGCGUGUGAGCCUGUGCUGGUGUGUCUGGGCCGAAGACAUGAAUGGACAUGAAGUCUCUGGUAUGGUGGUCUCGCUGCGUCCGACCCAGUUACGGCCUGUGCGCCAGGGGUUCGGGGAUGUGGAUAACCUGAACAUGUCAUGAAACGCGGAGCAGCAAAAUCAAAUGUCGAUAUUGAAGCUGCGCUGGCUCUUAGCUUUCGUCAUUUUCGGUGUGGUGCUGUGGUGCAUCCGUUUGCUCAGAUCAGGAGGUGGCACUGGCAACCUGGGCCUCCGCGGCUACCUAAGAAUUCAGCCGACCGGCACAUCCGGUUCCCAGUCCCUGACGCUGCGCUGCGGAACCUGCGCCGUGGUCUCCAGCUCUGGCCACAUGCGCGGCAGCGGCUGUGGCUCGAAGAUCAAUGCCCAUGAGUGCGUGAUCCGCAUGAACGCGGCUCCGACGCAGGGCUUCGAGGCCGACGUGGGCAACCGCACCAGCGUGCGCAUGGUCUCGCACACCAGCGUGCCCCACCUGCUGCGCGGGGAGCCGCUCUUUUUCGGCCACGACGCCGAUACGCGCUACGUGGUGUGGGGUCCCGAGCGGAACAUGAGGCAGGACGGUAAGGGCCAAGUGUUCAACGCGCUCGCCGCCCUGGCCCGGAGACACCCACCUGCGCACCUGUACGCUGUGAGCAGAGAAAAGGUGCUGUACUGUGACCGCGUGUUCCAGGAGGAGACAGGCAAGGACAGGAUGAAGUCGGGUGCUUUUCUCAGCACUGGGUUCUUCACUUUGAUUCUGGCCCUGGAAGUGUGCGACAGUGUUGAUGUUUAUGGGAUGAUGGAUGGUUCUUACUGCAGCCUUGCCAACCAUUCAUCAGUGCCAUAUCACUACUACGAGAUGUACCACCUGGACGAGUGUGCCAUGUACAGGCUUCACGAGCUUGCCCAGAGAGGGGGCCAUCGCUUCAUCACUGAGAAGCACAUCUACCGACGCUGGGCCCUGCAGGGAAAACUACAUUUCCCAUACCCCACCUGGGUGCGUCAGCAGCAAUCCUGACCCUGCCCGCUCAGUAUGGCAGUUCUUCGGAUUGGCCGGAGACCUUGUGGCGCUCUGGGACCGCUGGUCUCACCCCCGUGUCUGGUCCGGGCAGACUGCUAUGAGGCCACCAGAAAUGGACCAGCCCUCGUAACAUUGGUUCAGCCUGAAAAAGAGACGUAAAAAGCAAGUGGGUGUUCAGUUCCCUCUGAACAGCUUUGUGACUGAAGAAGUUGGGAGAUUAAGCCCUUCAUGGCCAUUCAGGUAGAGAUUGUUAUUAAAGAGUUGAGAGGUCAAUGGCUGAUGUAUAGCAAUUAUAUCAUGUUUGUUUGUUUGUUUGUUUGCAUCUUACAAAAUACAACAAUUUAUUAAUAACAUAUAAUACACAAAACUGCUAACUUAAAUGAACAUUCAACAUUAUUUGCAUUGCCUCUGUUUUAAAUGAACAUUUAUUUAAACCUGCAAUAUCUCAAUUUUCUCUUGUUUGUUAAGUAGAUCUGCAAUCUCUGCAGUGCACUUAUUUUAAAUAAAAAUGUAUGAACUAAA